AUGCCCGGAUGUCAGACGUGUUCCGCAAAGCCUUUGGGCCUUGCGAAAAUUGCAGUCUGGUUCAGGGGUCGGCCCAAGUUCGACAUCGGUGUCCACUGGUCGAUUGCUACAUCGUGCGAGUCCGGUUCAGCGAGAUGCACAAACAAUUUGGCUCCCUACAUCCCAAUUCUUCACACGUACUCUGCCAUUCAGUACCUAUUCUAUUCGCUCCCCCUUACCAUGCCUCAGCACAACGAUUCACAUCAACAAAUCACCAUAAGUCAGGCCGACCUGGCCGCUGCUAUACAGCAGGCUGUACAGACAGCUUUACGACAAGCUGGACCGCCUCAGCUACCAUCUACACCAGGCCAAGGGUCGUAUAGCCCCAUGAUACCCGGCACGACCCAUAAUACCGCAAAUAAUGAUAAUACAGGUCCUUUUCAUAAUCGAUUUCCUCCCGCUCCUUCCAUUACCCACAGCCCGCAUAGCUAUGGGCAUACCCCCCCAGGAAUUAGUCGAAACACCAUCCAGAACUUUAAUUCAAUCAACCCCUCCUCCGCUUCGUCUUCGUCCCAGAACAUCCGACCGGGCUCUCCUUUCGCUUCCUAUCUCACCAGUGGCCGCAAAGGGAAAGCUCCGGCCCGCCAAACACAGAUUACACCUGGUCCUCCCGUCUCAAUUUGCAAAGAGAAGGAGACAAUUGUGUACUACCUCAAAUCCUCGGCUGUUAUUUCGGACCGGCUGACACUUCGCAAGGGUGCAGAGGCGGUCAAGGAGUGGUUGGCUGCUGAGGGUUUUGGGAAACCUCUCUGGAUAUCUGCAAACGCACAUGCCUCCGCUAUCGCCGCAACGGUUCAGGAGCUCUUCCGGCGUGAGGGUAUCAAUGAACAGUGGUGUUGGGCCAAGACCAAUCCUCACAGCCAUCGGUUCGAGCCUGCCACAUGCCGACCAUCGUCGAGCUCGUUCAACCAGGUAAAGGCCCUGUUUGAACGUUCUGGCUGCGCCUACAUCGUCGAUGGACAUGUCAACGAUCGAGAUUUCACCUACACCGCCCCGGACUAUACCCACCAGGAGGAAGUAGCCUCCCGGCAGUUCUACACAACCAUCCGAAACCUCCAAAACACUGCAUCGGGCAAGGACGAUGAGGACGAAGACGUUGAGGAUGAUGACGACAUGUGGACCUGCAUCGCCUGUGGCAAGUCUGUCAAGAUGAUCUCCAAACGUCGUCAUACGGGUCACUGUCAACGUUACAAGAUUUACCGCACUGAACGGAACGGUCGAGACGGUCGAGAAUCACCAACACCGUCCGUUUUCACUGAAGCAUCCACUCCCCGGCUGGUACCGACCCCUCGUCUUGUCGAUGCCUUUCCAGAUGCUAUGCCGGUCCCCAGGGCUCAUCAGUCGGGUCCCUCUACAUCCAGCAGCACUGGUCGAACUUCAGGGAUGGCGGACAUGUCCCUCGAGACUGCCGGUUUCGUUGAUCGCGCUGAGCCACUGUUCUUCACUGACCAGGCUACACCAGCUCCAUCUCCCCUGGCGUCUACAGCUACACUCCAGACUCCUAGCAUGGAGGAUCUAGCCGGUCCCCUACAAGAGGAUCUCGCCGCAGUGCGGCAGAACCGAUGGAAUGAUCAAGCUGACGAAGGUUGGAGUGGAUUCGACCUUGACGGACGUCAGGCAUCUCUCGAACGAGAGCGGUCGAUCGACGCUGACGUCUUAGGUUUGAUCAACCUGUCCCAGGAUGAGCCGCCCAGAGGUAGCCAGCCUCGAGCUCACACCCCCGAGGACAGGCAGGCUGUCCAAAGCGCAAGAGACCGACCAGAUGACCGACCGGUCGGUGAGGUCGUCGGUGAGGUCGCUCGAACCGAACAUAGCCGUCCAGAUCGUUUGCCAAGUCCGAUUGAGGAGAGCCAACGGACUGUCAGGGAUAGCCCCUCUCCCGGACCCGCCACCCCUGCGCAGAGGAGUAUUCAGAACGCCUCUGGCAGGACAAUUGCGCAACCUCAAGAACGUUCCGUGACUCCCGAAAUCCAAUACGCGGGAGAGACAGGUCGGCCGAUAGCGGCAAAUCCCGCCCGACCACAACCUCUGGGGGGUAGACGACGUGCCAUAGAAGCCACCCUGAGAGAUAUGCAAGCACUGUUGCAAGGUCUUGAUGAGGGAAGUCGCGCUAGGGCGUUAUCGGCCAUCCAGCAGGGUGAUCCUCUGCUGGCUUCACGUCACAUCCGUAAUCGGUUCCGGUCGGGCAAUCUGGACAACCCAGAAGGAGAUGUCAAUGAUCCUGUACCGCCCUAUGCAAGAGAGGUCCGUAUUGGGGAAGUCCUUAUGCAAGCAGGGCCUCCCGAGGGAUUCGGUCUUGCAGCAGAAGCCGGGAUGACGCCUCCGAGGGAGAUCCCGCACCAAGUCGAGCCUGUCUCUGGCCCGGGCGUUCCUCCCCCGCAGGAAGAACGUCCAGCUGCGUACUCAGACCGCAGUGGUCCGGUUCCUCCGUUGCCGCCUCCAGUCAGGCCUGCAGUUGAGCCUUCGGUCGAUCAACCUCCUCCUCCCUCUCUCCCUGCAAGGGGACGAGGCUAUCGCCGACGACGAUCGCCCAGACCUCAGGAGGGUCGCCCUCGUCCUGAGCCUGCCACAGAGCCUGCCACAUUGGCGAACAGGCGUGCAGCUGCGAUAAACAACAUUCGUAGGAGUCGGAGUGGACCGUCUGAGAGGGGGAGAGGGAAUCGUGCUGGAGAAGAGGGUCGUUCGAGGAUGCUGUCGGGCGUUGGUUGCCCCUUGAUCGUCCCAUGCGAAGUUCAUCGUCCUGCAGCGCAGGGGAACGUCUUGGCCGACCAUGUGCUUGUUCUUCAGUGUCGUAGCGCUUGGUCACGUUGGGUCGAUGAUGAGAGAUUAGGCGAACCCUGGAAGAAGUACUGCCCUUGUAAGCCGGGGAUUUGGGCGAGGGGUUCCGAGCGAAAGACAAUGGUCGGUGACAUUGGGGUGCAGGCUCGCGAAACCGUUGGUGUUGCCGUCGGUGUUGCCCUGAGAGGAUUUAGGGGAUAUGGUGAAUAUGAAGAAGUACCUCUUGUUGAUGUCCAGGACUUGACACCGAAGGUUCUUUCGUGCCGUCUUCACCAACGCCCGUCGUCUGAGUCGAGUCCGUUCCACCCACCCCGCAGUUCACUCCCUCAACGACCGCCGCCAAACUACACCGACGGCUUCGACCCGCAAUGCUUCUUGCUCGUCGAUGUCGAUGUCGAUCGUGCCCUCUUGGCGACCUUCCAAGUUCUCGGCGAUCGCCACCAUUCGGUGGUCGGGUCAAUCAUCCACCCACCCCAGGAGCGUUCGUUACUAUGGUAG